AUGGACUUCGACAGCCUCAAGAAUCAGGUCAGCAACCUGACACUCUACGAUGUGAAGGCAGGUGUUCGGAAGGUUCAAAAUGCCGUCAUGAACCUCACGGAGAUGGAGGCCAAGGUUCGUGAAGCAACCAACGGCGAUCCCUGGGGUGCCUCGGCGACUCUGAUGCAGGAGAUCGCUCGGGGCACUCAUAACUAUCAACAACUCAACGAGAUCAUGCCAAUGAUCUAUAAGCGCUUCACAGACAAGACCGCAGAAGAGUGGCGGCAGAUAUACAAGGCUCUUCAGCUCCUCGAGUUCCUUGUGAAGCAUGGCAGUGAGCGAGUAGUAGACGAUGCACGAAGCCACAUGUCGCUCCUGCGGAUGCUGCGGCAGUUUCACUAUGUUGAUCCCAACGGCAAAGACCAGGGCGUGAAUGUGCGAAACCGUUCGGCGGAGCUCACCAAGCUCCUGGGCGAUGUCGAGACGAUCCGCGCCGAGCGGAAGAAAGCUCGUGUAAACAAAAACAAAUAUGGCGGCGUGGAGGGUGGGGCUGGCACUCUGGGUGGCUUCUCUGGUGGAAGUGGUCGCUAUGGUGGCUUUGGCAGCGAGACCGGAAACUUUGGUGGCUACCAGGGUGAAGUCUAUGGCGAUGGUGGUGGCUUCGGUGGCCGAGAAACGGACUUCUCUGGCACACAGCGGAGAGCGGACCAAUUCGAAGAGUACGACGAGGACGAAGACACUACCAGUCGGCCUACUGCUUCACGGUCUACGCCCACCGCAUCUGCCACGAAGAGAGCACCUCCAAAGCCGAAAGAGCCGGAGCAAGAUCUCUUCGACUUUGGCGACGAUGAGCCUGCGACAACCAGCAGUGGUAAAGCGCCUGCGACCUCUACUGGCGGAGCUCUGGCUGAUUUCGGUGCGCCAGCAGGCGGUGCUGUUGCCGACGAUGACGAUUUUGACGAUUUCCAAUCAGCCACGUCUCCCAGCGUGGCGGCACCAGCACCUGGUGCUGGCUCGCUAGGCAUUCUAUCACCGCCUCCCACUACUUCAACAACGACAUCUGCUACUCAAUUUGCAGCCCCACAGCCCGUCGCGCCGGGACAGGCGGCCAACCUCAACAGUAUCCUCAGCGCUCCUUCUCCCACGCCCUCUCAGACUCGAUCGGUCUCAUCUCUCGCUUCUCCGCCGCUGCAAGCGCAAGUCUCUCAGGCUCCGAAGCCAUCCGGUCCCAAUUACUUUACAUCAGUCAACGCCUCGAUGAACACUAGUCAGUCAAAGCCGUCAGCAUUUGCGGCGCGACCAUCCAUGCCGACCUCCAACCAACCUUCAUUCGCAUCUUCGACGUCUACUCCAACAUCCAUGGCGAAUCUUGGCAAGCCGGCUGCUAAGACCAACACUGCAAGCAGCGGAGGCGAUGCUUUCGCUAAUCUGUGGUCUGCCGCUGGAACCAAAGCUGGUGUGCAGAGCAAGCCUAUCUCGCAGGGCCCCAACCUUGCAAGCAUGGCCAAGGCAAAGAGUGAUGCAGGUAUCUGGGGAGCACCUGCUGCGUCCAAUACUACGAGCACGUCAAACACAACUUCUGGACAAGGCGCGAAGCCGCUCGGCAACGGCUUAGACGACCUUUUGGGCUAG